AAGUACUGUAACUAUAUUUUUAUCCUCCCGUCUGCGUCGGAAUCCCGAAACCGUAUAAGUGCAGGUUGCAGAGCUCAACCACGCUCCUCACUCGUUCCAUCACACCUUCGUUAUCUCCUCGACAUUCUACUACCACCUUCAAACUAGACAUUAAUAUUCGCAUCUCUACAGGAGGGACACCGCCGCUGCUAACGGGAACUGUCAUACACUCUAAUUACAUUAUCUUUCACACAACACGCUCAGGAAUUUCAAACCUUCUUGGGACAUAAAGGAUGCACACUCACCAUGCGACUUCUCAUACCCACCCGCCGCCUGUGCUUAGUGCUGUACGAAUAGUGAGCCUCCUAUCGUCUCUACUGGUCGCACUUGCAUCCGGGACCAAUUAUGUCUUCUCCGCAUACGGCCCACAACUUGGAGCACGCCUCCAUCUCUCACAUACGGAGCUGAACAUUAUCGGUCUCUCAGGAAACAUCGGCGUGUAUGGCACAGCCCCGCUAUGGGGUAAACUCGUGGACUCCAAAGGUCCUCGGAUCCUACUAGUAAUCGGCUUCGCUUCUCUUCUCUCUGGAUACCUCGGAAUCCGAUACUUCUUUGAUGCUGGCUUACCGGAAGGUAUGACCGACCUUACAAUUGCUGGGUUCUGCGCACUGGUGUUGUGCGGGUUCAUGACUGGCAUCGGUGGAAACGGUGGAUUGGCUAGUGCGAUGAAUGCGACCGCGAAGAGUUUCCCUGAUAGGGCGAGAGCGACUACUACUGGAAUUGUACUCUCAGGAUUUGGUCUAUCGGCGUUCCUGUUCUCCACCAUCGCACACGUAUUCUAUCCUGGCGACACUUCUGAGUUCCUUCUCCUUCUCGCUAUUGGUACAUCUUUGCCUAUGGUCUGGGGAUUCUUCUUCGUGCGACCUAUACCCUUGCCUCAUUCUGAAUUAAUACAUACCAUCGAGCAUGGGCAUGGUGAAACCUCCCCCAAUGUUCUUUCGCGAGAGAACAACAGCACUACGCAUCUAUUGAAACACGACAACGCUUCUGCCGACGACUUUGCUGUGGAAGACGAAGAAGAGGAAGAGGCCAUAUCGGCAUCUUUCGAGCUUUAUCCUGGGUCUGCGACGCAUCAAGCCGAAGCGUCGGAUUAUAUCGUUCCUCGGCCAGCUGAUUCGGUUGCUCUAAGUCAGACUAGAGGCUUGCACUCGCACAGCAGGCACCGGUCGAAAAGUUCGUUCAGUGUCUCUAGGGGAUCCAUAUCGAGACACAGAGGUCUGGGGAUUGGAGUGGGGGCAGAUGGUUCGCCAAACAUGAGAGGUUUUGCCUUGGCUGGGACGAGAAACUUCUGGUUGCUGUUCACUAUUACGUCACUAUUGAGUGGAACCGGCCUGAUGUACAUCAACAAUGUCGGUUCGAUAUCGCAAGCAUUGUAUGCAGAGAGUCAUGAUGAAUAUGACGAUGUCAAAUCCGCUCAGCUGCAAGCUCUUCAAGUAUCAACCAUCAGUAUCACGAACUGCAUUGGUCGGAUUAUGAUUGGCGUGAUCGCUGACAUCACCAAGAAUUACCUGAAACUCCCUCGCUCAUUCUGUAUAUCUCUCGUUGCAGCACUCUUCGUCGUCUCGCAAGCUGUUCUUUACAACGUCGAGCAUGUCAACAACCUUUGGAAGGCGAGUGCGCUACUGGGGUUAGCGUACGGUAGUCUGUUUGGACUGUUCCCCACAAUAACCAUUGAAUGGUUUGGACUACCUCAUUUCUCUGAGAACUGGGGAUUUGUUUCUCUUUCACCUAUGAUCGGAGGCAACGUCUUUUCCAUUGCCUUCGGGCAGAAUCUAGACGCACAUGCGCCCUCUGAGGCAUCUCCAGAAGAUAGUUCUACUUCCCUCCUAUCGUCCACGCUCUCGACCACUUCGUCCUUAUUCGCGCGAGGUGGACUACCGUCGGAACAUCAGUGCUUGCAAGGUCGGGUUUGUUACACGGAUAGUAUCAAGAUGACCAUAGUGGCUUGUUGUUUUGCUUUGGUACUGGCCGUGUAUGCUGGUUGGAGAGAUAGGCACUCUAGCAAAGGGAAAGGACAGAGCUUGAUUCCGGAUAGUGAGAGCGAGUCGGAGGUUCUAUGGGAGGAAGAAGAGGAGUAGACAUUCUAAGACAAGAGACUUUCGGAUAUUUAUGCAUAGAUGUACCAGUAGAUUUGUAGCGCAUAUGCGCAUAUGAUAUAUAUCCUAGACAACUUUAAACCUUUCAUUGGUGACACCGGUGAAUCUUUAACUU